GUUCCAAUUUUUCACGAUGGAAAACUUCUAUAAGUUAGCUAUCUUGCCACGCUCACGAUGUGUUCUAAAACAAUUAGCUUCACCAAGCAAAUAAAACAACAAUCAUUCUUAUCAUUAAUAAGAUAAACUUACAGCCUUCCUCUUAAAACUUAUACCACUUAGACUUUAGACCAUAUACACUUAUAAACAUUAUCCAAGAUGCCUAUCGCUCUUACACCACCUCCGGUUCCCGAGGCUAAGACCCUCGGCGAUGCUAAGAGUCAGAAUGUCAAGAGAAAGAUAAUAUGUUUCUCAGACUUUGACGGAACAAUCUUCAUGCAAGACACCGGCCACGUCCUCUUCGACAACCACGGCUGCGGCUCCAAGCACCGGGAAAUCCUAGACGAGCAAAUCAAGACCGGCGAGCGAUCUUUCCGAGACGUAUCGGAGGAGAUGUGGGGAUCCCUCAACGUGCCCUUCGAAGACGGCUUCGAGGUGAUGGAGAAGACGCUCGAGAUCGACCCGGAUUUCCAGCGCUUCCACCAAUUCUGCAUCGCGAACAACAUCCCCUUCAACGUGAUCUCGGCGGGCCUCAAGCCGAUCCUGCGCCGCGUGCUCGACACCUUCCUGGGCGAGGAGGAGGCCGCGCACAUCGACAUCGUGGCCAACGACGCGCACAUCUCGGCCGACGGCUCGCAGUGGAAGCCCAUCUGGCGCCACGACACGGAGCUGGGCCACGACAAGGCGCUCUCGAUCACCGAGGCGCGCGAGCAGGCCCAGCUCGCCUGCGACGACGGCUCCAUCCCGCUCAUCGUGUUCAUCGGCGACGGCGUGUCCGACCUUCCCGCCGCGCGCGAGGCCGACGUGUUGUUCGCGCGGCGCGGACUCAGGCUCGAGGAGUACUGUCUCGAGCACAAGAUCCCGUAUAUCCCCUUCGACACGUUCGCCGACAUCCAGCGCGAGAUCGAGCGCAUCAAGGAGGAGGACGAGCGCAAGACGGGCGGCAAGGGCGUCCCGGCGCGCUUUAACCCGCGCGCUAACAUGUGGAGACGGGUUUCGAGCAAGAGCGCCGUGCCGAGAUAUGUGGUCAUGAGCCCGACGAAGGAGGAGAAGAUGUUCCUGUGGCCCGAGGCCUUUACCGAACUGAAGACGCCGAGUGUGGAGGUUACGGAGGCGGCUACGGCGAUUUAGGGAGCGGAUGA